AUGGCUGAUGAGUAUGAUCGCAGCAGCUACAGAAGCUCCGGUGCUGUUGAAGAUGGCUACAAGAAGUCCAGCACAGAUGACUAUGGUAGCGCCGGUGGCUACAAGAAGUCCAGCAUGGAUGACUAUGGUAGCGGGGGCGGCUACAAGAAGUCCAGCACCGACGACUACGGUAGCGGGGGCGGCUACAACAAGCCCAGCACCGACGACUACGGUAGCGGGGGCGGCUACAACAAGCCCAGCACCGACGACUACGGCUACAACAAGUCCAGCACCGAUGACUAUGGUAGCGGGGGAGGCUACAACAAGUCCACCUGCAACGACUACGCUAACGGGGGUGGAUCCAACAAGUCCAGCACCGACAACUACGGUAGCAGGAGGGGCGGCUACAAGUCCAGCACCGAUGACUACGGUAGCGGAGGCGGCUACAGCAAGUCCAGCAUCAAUGACUCUGGUAGCGAGGGUGGCUACAACAAGUCCAGCAUCGACGGCUUCAACAAGCCCAAUGAACUAAGCAGUGACUACAACAAAUCUGGCACUGAUGACUACAGUGGCAGUGGUGGGUUCAACAAGUUCAACACCAGCGAUGAAUAUGAGAAGCCAAGGUCCGACGACUACGACGGUGACUGCAAGAACUUUAGCACUGAUGGCUACGGCGGAAGUGGCUACAAGUCGAGAACUGACGAGUACGACAAUGGUAAGAACACCUCCAACACUGAUGACCACAGUGGCAGUGGUGGCUACAACAAAUCCAGCAGCGAUGCCUCCGGCGGCAACAACGGCAAGUCAGGAACCAAUGACUACAGUGGAGGCUACAGCCAGUCCAGCUCCGCCGAGUACACUACCAGGUCGGGCAGGAAUAACACCGAAGACUACUAG